UCCCCCCACGCACACACACGGACCGACGCGAGGCUGCAGCACUUCCACUCUUUCCCCGACCUGCGCGCGCCACAACCCGGCGAGGAAGACAGCCGUCUCGCCCGGAGAACAAGCGGCGUUGAGUUUGGCAAAGAUCCGCCAAACAAUACAAACAAAAAAAAAACUGAUCUUUUUUUUUUUGGAUGAGCUUCACGCCACGGACCGACUGGAACUUCGUGGGAGAAAUAUAGAGAUGCUUGUGUCGGACGCUUUAGUGAGUCUUUCUUAAGGAAAAAAAAGGAAGUUUGGACUUAAAAGAAGUUUGACAGAGAUGGCGAAAGAGAGAGGAGCGAGCGACACUUUGCCAAAGUUGACGGCGGCGUGAGCGGAGCGCACGGAGGAGUUGGAGGAAGAUUUGCGUUUUGCGUCGCUAAAAAGACACGGAUCGCGUCUAAAAGAUUGAAGCGGCUAAUUGCUCAGCCCGUCCCUCAUUAUCAUAUCCAAUGCGCGUCCUCUGGACCGCGGCCAGCCCUCCCCACCUUGCGCCGUUAUUCACUAUCAUAACUAUUAUAGCGACAUGCGCAAUACAGCAGCAGAGUUUUUGAUGCCUGCCCUCGCACCGAGACGCUGCUGACACAACUUUUUUUUUCCUCUUUUUGCGCGCUGAUCCCGUGUCCGCUGAUGUAUCUGCAACACGCAGGGACAUCCACAGCAGCUUCGCCACGAUUGACGCCCACAGCAGCAGCAGCAUGUCCCGACGCAAGCAAGCCAAGCCGCAGCACCUCAAGUCGGACGAGGAUCCCGCAUUAGCCGGGGUGACCUCCGAGCACGGCCGGGGUGAAGUGCUGGAAGAUGCCGACAGCGGGAACGAGAGCCGGAGCGGAAGCGAGGAGACGCAUGUGUGUGAGAAGUGUUGCGCGGAAUUCUUCAAGUGGUCAGACUUCUGUGAACAUUUAAAGAGCUGCACCAAGAACCCGCUGGUUCUAAUAGUGAAUGACAAUGAGGGCACACCCAAUUCCUCCCAGGAGUAUCCCACCGAGCCUUCGCCUGUACCCAGCUGCCCCAGCGAGCAGGCUGACAGCGAAGACCCGAGGGAGGGCGGCCACAGUCCUGCCGCUGAGCUCGAUGACAUCCCGGAGACAACGGCCUUAAACGGGGUGAAUGUUCUUGAAAAGGAGGAUGAACAGAUGGAGCUCGAGCUCUCCCCUGAAAAAAACAUGGAUUCUGAAGAGCGGGACAUGACAUCGCCUGAGCCAGACCUUUCCCUACCUCAGCUUGACGACGUUAUCCCUGCGAAUCUUCCAAACUACCCCAUGCCAAGCACUAAUGUUACCUUGGAGACCCUGCAUGGCACUCGGGUUGCAGUUGCACAGUUUUCACAGAGCGUAAGGGCGGCAGCAGGCAGCGGAGUUUCCACCAUGGCCAUUCCUAUGAUCCUGGAUCAGCUGAUGGCCCUGCAGCAGCAGCAGAUUCACCAGCUGCAGCUGAUAGAGCAGAUACGCAGUCAAGUGGCUCUGAUAAAUAGGCAGUCGGCCUCACAACAGGCAAUCAACCACCAUCACAAUUCCGCCGUCGGACACCAAGGGGCUGGACCUGCCUGUGCUCCCCCUGUUGCAAACCAACUGCAACUGCACAACUUUAUUGUCCCUCCUGUCCAUCAGCUGCCAGUCAGGUUACCUGCGACACUCACUAGUCAAGGUCCUUCGCCUCUGACCUCAACAAUUGAAGGAUCUCUAACUCAAACAACACAAAGCAGAAGCCAGCCCCCGAACUCUCCGAUGACCAACACCUCCUCAAAUAACUCAGUUUUCCCGCCACCCGUGGGCUCUGGAUUGUCGUCAAUGCUUCCCUCCUGCUCAUCCGCGGUCACGAAUCUAAGCACGAGCAGCAGUGUAACUGGAAAUGGGAGCAUCAGCAGCAGCUCGGCUCUUUCCAGGAACUCCAGCACCCCUCCGUCGCUCAGCCACAAUAGCCUGCUGAGCUCUGCCUCUAGUCUACCACUGAUACCUCACAGCUCGUCCAGCAGCGUUAUCUUUCCAAACCCGCUGGCAAGUAUAGCAGCCACAGCCAAUGCGCUUGACCCCCUUUCAGCUCUGAUGAAGCAUCGCAAGGGGAAACCUCCAAAUGUGUCUGUAUUCGACACUAAGCCCAGCUCUGAAGACCCCUUUUUCAAGCAUAAGUGUCGAUUCUGUGCCAAAGUAUUUGGCAGUGACAGUGCACUACAAAUUCACCUGCGUUCCCACACUGGAGAGAGGCCAUACAAAUGCAACAUAUGCGGAAAUCGCUUUUCGACAAAAGGAAAUCUAAAGGUUCAUUUUCAGAGGCACAAAGAAAAAUAUCCACAUAUACAGAUGAACCCUUAUCCUGUGCCCGAGUACCUGGACAAUGUGCCCACAAGCUCAGGCAUCCCUUAUGGUAUGUCCUUGCCCCCAGAGAAACCAGUCACAACAUGGCUCGACAGCAAACCAGUCCUUGCCACUGUUCCCACCUCGGUUGGCCUGCAGUUACCUCCGACGAUACCAAGCAUGAUGGGGAGUUUUGGUGAAUCUCCAAGCCUCACGCCACUUAACAGGUCCCCUCAGAGACCUUCACCCCCCUCCAGUGAGUGUGCAUCACUGUCUCCUAAUAUUCUUAUUGAUUCUGGCAUGACCACUACGUCACCAUCCCCCAAACCCUCCCUGGGGAGUGAUCCACCUCCUCUACUGAAGCCAGAAGGUGUUCUGCUGCCCCCAACCUGCUCUACACGACCUAGCGACGUCACCACUACCACAAGUACAGUCACUCAAGUGGUUCUUUCUAGCGCCGUCACCCCCACAUCGUCCAGCGCUACCCAGAUGAUGGAUCCUCUCAACAGCCCAAACUCGGGUUCCAAUCCAGUCUCCCAUCCUGUCCUUCCCAUGCUGUCAGACCAAUUUAAAGCUAAAUUUCCCUUCGGAGGCCUCCUUGACUCUAUGCAAACUUCAGAGACAUCCAAGUUGCAGCAGCUGGUUGAGAACAUUGACAAAAAAAUGACGGACCCCAACCAGUGUGUGAUCUGUCACCGUGUUCUCAGUUGUCAGAGUGCUCUAAAGAUGCAUUACCGCAUCCACACCGGCGAGAGGCCAUUCAAAUGUAAAAUAUGUGGGCGGGCAUUCACUACCAAGGGAAAUCUGAAAACCCACUUUGGGGUUCAUAGGUCCAAACCCCCACUCAGAGUCCAACACUCCUGCCCGAUAUGUCAAAAAAAGUUCACAAAUGCUGUUGUCCUGCAGCAGCACAUCCGAAUGCACAUGGGAGGGCAGAUCCCCAACACUCCGGUCCCAGAGAGCCUCCAGGAAAUGGAGACAGACCUUUCUUACGACGACAAGAGUUUAGAUGCAAUGAGUAAUUAUGAUGAUGACCUUAUUGAUGAAAUGGAGCAGGCUUUAGAUGAUGAAGUCGACUUUAAAGAGGGAGAGCUGGACCCAUCUAAACCCUAUUCACCCGGGAGCUCACCGCCGUCUUCCAUAAUGUCCAGCAUAGCUGCGAUGGAGAACCAGAUGAAGAUGAUCGACUCUACUGUCAACAUGACGCACUCAUUCGCUCAAAAGUCUGAAAAUGGCAGCAAUGUUGUCGGUGAGAAUAACUGCUUUACUACAGAUUCUCUGUCAGCAGUAGGGGAUACGGAAUGUCAAAGCUUGGGAAGUCCCGCUUUGUCAGAGUCCUCUGGCUCUAUGCAGCACUUAUCCCCAGCUCACAGCCAUUCUGAGAGCCAACAAUCCAAGUCUCCGGCUACACUCAACAAUAAUAAUAACAGCGGUUCCAUGACAGCGGAGGAGGGCCAGGAGAAAAAUACAGCUGGCUUGGCAACAGUGAAGUCAGAAAAAUCAGAAACCCCGUCGCCGCUUUCUGCAACAGAAGGCAAUGGGGCCCUUGACCUAACCGCCACUCAACCAGCGAGGCACUUUAUCAAGGAGGAGAGCCACUUCAACAUGCUGUUUCUCAGCAGAGACCGAGGGUUGAACACUCCGAAUUUGAUGAGCACUGCAUCAAACAUGAUCAAAAUGGAGAUGAACGGACACGGCAAAUCAAUGUCCAUGAGCGACAGUUCCCACUUGCCGGUGGGCAUACAAGUCCCUGCUGCGGCGCCGCAGACCACGAUGAGCCCCAGCAUUAACCCCAUGUUGGCGCCCCCACCGCCCCGUCGCACUCCCAAGCAGCACAACUGCCACUCCUGUGGGAAGAAUUUCUCCUCUGCCAGUGCUCUGCAAAUACACGAGCGCACACACACUGGAGAGAAGCCUUUCGCUUGCUCUAUCUGUGGAAGGGCGUUUACGACAAAAGGCAACCUCAAGGUGCACAUGGGAACACACAUGUGGAACAACGCGCCAGCCCGCAGGGGUCGCCGACUGUCUGUGGAGAAUCCAAUGGCCCUGUUGGGUGGGGAUGCCAUGAAGUUCAGUGAGAUGUUCCAGAAGGACCUGGCGGCGCGUGCGAUGAAUGUUGACCCAGGCUUUUGGAACCAGUACGCGGCUGCCAUCACCAACGGGCUGGCCAUGAAGAACAAUGAGAUCUCUGUGAUACAGAACGGAGGCAUUACACAGUUGCCCGUCAGCCUCAGUAGCGCCGGAAUCACUUCUUUGGGAGCAAUCCCCGGCGGAAUGGACCGGCUUCACACUGGCAGCAGCCCUCCAAUGACUGGCAUGGAGAAAGCUGCUCUGGAGGUCGGGGCUAACCGGCCAUUCUCCAGGUUCAUGGAGGAAAAUAAAGAGAUUGGGAUCAACUAAAGAAACCUCUCUGUGCGACUCCACUAGGCGUUUAGCGAGAAGCAAGAGUCUGCUGGUAACAAAAGAAACUGCUGAUUCAGUCUAAAACUCUUGUGUGCUACGUUGUGUACAGAGUAUUUUUGCUUUUCGUUUUUGGAACUAUAGUAUUUGGUCUUAAUUAGAGGUCGCCGGCCUUUUUUCCAUCCUUCUCCACUUGAUAUUUCGCUGAUACGAAGAAUUAUUUGUCUCUUGUUUGAGAAUAUGUCGUCUUGCAAGAUUUGCAUGGUCCUUAUGGUUUUCAUCAGUAUGUUCGACUGCUUUUAACAAAUUCCUCGGAAUGCCAGGAUCCGGCCUCCUUAUGACAGGCAAGCAUCUUGGACUGGACUCAAACAGAACAGACACUCUGACCCCUGUUUAUAACGGCUCUUUGGAACGUAAAGGGGCCCUGAAUAGACUGAAGUAUAGUGUUUCUGUGCUCGCCUGAUGUUUUGUUUUUCAUGAAUUAGAAAACUUGAAAAAAAAAAAAAGCUGUUUGAACUAUUUUAAUCUUUACAUCUAGUCUCCCAGCAUUGUCUUAUAAUAUUGUCCUGUGUCUUUAGUAUUUAUGAUAUUGACAAAAAAAGCGGGUAUACAAAAUAUAUUUAAUGGCCCAAGCGUUUUAUUGAUUCAUUUGUUUUCUAAACUGCAGUCUUCACUGAUGAAUAUCUCUUUUCCUUAAAGACGACAUGUGAUGUGAGUCCAACAGAGAAAGAAAACAGUCGGUUUUAUUUGGGUAUCUGUUGAGAUGACUAUGUAUCUCAUGACAUGUACAUGAAGCUAGAGAUAUUGGAAGCUGCUAUGACCACGUACCCCUCCUGCUUUUAACCUUUGUAAAAAGAAAAGAAGUGAACCUUUUGAAGAAAUAUCUAUGUAUAGAAAUACAGACAAAUCUAAAAACAGGUAUGCAUAUUUUGUAUCACAUUAAGAUAGACAUCAUGAGUUGAGAGUAUUUGUCAUGUUUGUGAAUGCACUUUUUAAAAGCAAGACGUUUUGUCUGUGAGUUACCGUAAACCUUUCAACUGAGCUAUCUAUCACGUGCUGUUUUCAUCGUUUCCAGCGUACCACUCCUACUACUUGCAGAGUUGUUCCUCUGUAUUUGCAUCUGUGCUCUUAGUCAGAGUGCGAGCUCAUCACUCAAUCAAACCUUCGUAAAUAAUAAUAAUAAAACAAAGA